AUGAUGACCAUGACUACGAUGGCUGACGGUUUGGAAGGCCAGGACUCGUCCAAAUCCGCCUUCAUGGAGUUCGGACAGCAGCAGCAACAGCAACAGCAGCAGCAGCAACAGCAGCAACAGCAGCAGCAGCCGCCGCCGCCGCCGCCGCCGCCGCAGCCGCACUCGCAGCAAAGCUCCCCGGCCAUGGCAGGCGCGCACUACCCUCUGCAUUGCCUGCACUCGGCGGCAGCGGCGGCGGCGGCGGCCGGCUCACACCACCACCACCACCAGCACCACCACCACGGCUCGCCCUACGCGUCGGGCGGAGGCAACUCCUACAACCACCGCUCGCUCGCCGCCUACCCCUACAUGAGCCACUCGCAGCACAGCCCUUACCUCCAGUCCUACCACAACAGCAGCGCGGCCGCCCAGACGCGAGGGGACGACACAGAUCAACAAAAAACUACAGUGAUUGAAAACGGGGAAAUCAGGUUCAAUGGAAAAGGGAAAAAGAUUCGGAAGCCUCGGACCAUUUAUUCCAGCCUGCAGCUCCAGGCUUUAAACCACCGCUUUCAGCAGACUCAGUACCUGGCCCUUCCUGAGAGAGCCGAAUUGGCAGCUUCCUUAGGACUGACACAAACACAGGUGAAGAUAUGGUUUCAGAACAAGCGCUCUAAGUUUAAGAAACUGCUGAAGCAGGGCAGUAACCCUCAUGAGAGUGAUCCCCUACCAGGCUCGGCAGCCCUGUCACCUCGCUCACCAGCUCUGCCUCCAGUGUGGGACGUUUCAGCCUCAGCUAAGGGUGUCAGUAUGCCCCCCAACAGCUACAUGCCUGGCUAUUCGCACUGGUACUCCUCACCACACCAGGACACGAUGCAGAGACCACAGAUGAUGUGAGUUGUCUGAGGGGACAUCCUAGGGGAACGACUGAAC